AUGUCAAAGCCAACUCAGCCCUCCAGCACACGAAGAGCUACCACGAUGUCUGGGCCAUUUGGGACGUAUGAGGCUGUGGUGGUUGGUGCUGGACCUGCUGGGAUUACUGCUGUUGGGAAUCUUCUGGAGAAUCGGGUUGAGAGGAUUCUUUGGGUUGAUGAUUCGUUUGAUGGUGGGCGGGUUAACAAGUACUAUCGAGAAGUGCCUUCGAAUACGAAGGUGAAGCUCUUCAUCGAUUAUGCAACAGCCGUUGCGCCUUUCCGGAAGAUCGUCAGUGGACUGCCAUCACGAGAUCGGUGGGAAGAGCCCAGUGCUAGUGAUGGAGUACCUGUGGAUGGACGACAAGAUAAGCUUCAGGAUCUGCGACAUUUGGACCAGGAGAAAGGUUGCACACUAAGCUAUGCAGCUGAUAUGUGUUUGAUGCUUACUCAAGGCUUGAAGAGGACGCCGGGCAUUAUCACACAACGGGGCCGAGUCUCGGAUGCUUCUCUGGAUGAGUCGACUUCAACUUGGACAGUCAACAUCGAUUCUGAGAAUAAGACAGCCCAAGAUAUUACAAACCUCCAAACAAAACGCCUCGUUCUCUGUACAGGCGCCUCGCCAAAGGAUCCACCACUCCCCUUCGAGCCUGCAGGCAUGAAGCACCUCCACCUCGACACCGCCCUAAUGCCAUCACAACUCUCCCAAAUCCUCUCCUCAUCAACGCCCACUACAAUAGCCGUAAUUGGAGCCUCUCACAGCGCAGUCCUCGUGCUCCGGAACCUCACAAAUCUCGCGCUCUCAUCCCAUCCGAAUAUGCACGUGAAGUGGUUCACCCGCCACCCACUGCGCUACGCAGAAUACGAAGACGGCUUCAUCGCUCGCGAUAAUACGGGUCUGAAAGGUGAAGCGGCAGUCUGGGCGAGGGAGAAUCUAGAGCCUGAGACGUUGCCUUCCAGCUCGAUUUCGAAAGUGCUCACGAAAGUGGCGUACCAAUCUGGGACUGAGAAGGAGAUUUACAAAUCUCAGCUUCCAGGGUGUGAGUAUGUUGUUCAAGCGAUCGGAUACAACAGAGAUCCCGUGCCUGCCAUUAAGCUUUCGAGUAAUGGUAGCGUUAUCACGCCGCACUUCGAUCACGACAUUGGUGUGUUCAACUACGUCCGAGAAAGCAGUGAUGGCGCGGUAGGGAAGCUGGAGAGACUACCGGGAGUCUAUGGUGCGGGAAUCGCGUUCCCAGAACGAGUCGUGGAUAAGAAGUAUGGUCACGAAGAAUUCAAUGUGGGAUUCUUCAAGUUCAUGAAAGCUGUGAAGAAGUGGGUUGGGGAGUGGAAGCCGGUUGCAGAGGUUGUCGCCUAG